AUGCAACCUAGGGAGAGAAUGCUUUCGAACCUCCAGACCCAUGGACAGGGGGGUUCGAUAACUUCACAUUUCGAAUUGCUCUCACGCUCCUCAAGCUGCGCCUCCUCCUGGACUUGCACUCGUUGCAGAACUCUAUGAAGAUUGCGGAGAAACUGCCUCAGGAACUGCUUGAUGAUAUCCGCGCUCACUUGACGGGCGAUAUUGUUGGAAAUAAUGCAGAGAUCAUGCAGAAAGUCCGAGACGGAAUCAGCAUCCAGCUACACAUCGAUGGCAUAGAAGCACAAAUGAACACUUUGUUCAACAACGUUAACAAGUCUAACAAGUACUUUUGGCCGGCACUCGUGAAACUAGGCUUAGCUUUGACCGCAAGGCCAACGUCUUACAGCCAUAGAUCGUAUAAGGAACUGGAGCUGAAGCUUCAGUAUUCGUACGAGGCUUGGGAGGAGACUCCUAGGGCGAUUGAGUGGGUGCGACAGAAACUCAAGAAGUAG